AGCGCCGUGAUGAUGUCCCAGCUUUUCUGGGCAGGGGUUGUGUGCAGCUGCUGAACCCCCAGCUCAUUCCUCCUCCUCCCGCUGCUGCUGCGUGUGCUGCUCACUCACCGGCUUCUUAUUCACCUUCCGGAGCAGAUCUGGAUUCUUUGGGGCAGCCAUGCAGAAAUACUGCAAAGAAAUGGAGGAACUCAUAGUGGAACUGCGGCUGUUUCUUGACCUGUUGGACCAUGAAUAUCUCACAACAACAGUCCGAGAGAAAAAGACUUUAAUAAGCAACAUCCUGUACAGGAUUCAGUCAGCCAGAGAAUCUGAACUGAAGAUUCAUAACCACAGAGCAGAGAUGCCUUGCAGUGUGCCUGCUCCACCUCAGAUGCCUCUGCCAGAAAUCCCUCAGCAGUGGCUGCCUCCAGAUAAUGGACCUCCUCCUCUUCCAACGUCUUCCCUUCCCGAGGGCUACUACGAGGAAGCUGUACCACUCGGCCCUGGAAAGGCUCCAGAGUACAUCACUUCUAACUAUGACUCGGAUGCAAUGAGCAGCUCAUAUGAAUCGUAUGAUGAGGAGGAAGAGGAUGGCAAAGGGCAGAAGAAGAGGAUUCAGUGGCCUUCAGAAGAAGCAUCUAUGGAUCUUGUGAAAGAUGCCAAAAUUUGUGCAUUCCUUCUUCGGAAAAAAAGAUUCGGCCAGUGGACCAAACUUCUGUGUGUCGUCAAAGAAAACAAAUUAUUGUGCUACAAAACUUCUAAGGACCAGCAACCGCAAAUGGAGCUGCCGCUGAAUGGCUGUGCGGUUACCUAUGUGCCAAAAGACAGCAAGAAGAAGAAGCAUGAGCUCAAGGUUACUCACCAAGGGACCGAUGCCUUAGUUCUUGCAGUGCAGAGUGAGGAACAGGCAGAGCAGUGGCUGAAGGUAAUCAAAGAUGCUUGCAAUAUUUCUGGUGGGGCCAUUGACUCUGACGGACCAAUAUCGAGUUCUCCUGUGCCGAAAAGUGAGCUAGAAAAGAAACUGUCGUUGGAGCGGCCAAGCUCGGAUGGAGAGGGAAAUGUAGAGAAUGGAGCGGUGAUAACAAACGACAAGGAGCCAGUCAAAAGAAAGAAGAGUGGCAAAGUUGAGCCUAAAGGCACGGUGACAAAAGUAACAGGCAAAAAGAUAACAAAAAUAAUUGGUCUGGGAAAGAAAAAACCAAGUACCGAUGAACAGACAUCAUCAGCAGAAGAAGAUGUCCCAACCUGUGGAUAUCUUAAUGUUUUGUCCAACAACCGCUGGAGGGAACGCUGGUGCAGAGUCAAAGACAAUAAACUCAUUUUCCACAAGGACAGGACGGAUUUGAAGACCCACAUAGUUUCAAUCCCCCUUCGAGGGUGUGAAGUUAUUCCUGGAUUGGAUUCCAAGCACCCCUUGACAUUCCGACUUCUCCGUAACGGACAAGAAGUCGCCGUGCUGGAGGCUUCAUCCUCAGAAAAAAUGGGAAGGUGGAUUGGAAUAUUAUUGGCUGAGACAGGUUCCUCCACAGAUCCUGGGGCUCUGCAUUAUGAUUACAUUGACGUGGAUACAACUGCAAAUGUGAUACAAACUGCAAAGCAGUCUUUCUGCUUUAUGAACAGAAGAGUGAUCUCUGCAAACCCAUACCGAGAAGCUACUACAAAUGGCUAUUCUUGUCCCAGUGGCGUGGCCCUUCAUUAUGAUGAUGUCCCGUGCAUUAAUGGACUGUGGAGACCUGAUGAGGACUAUGAGACAUACCGUAACAGAAAGAAUGGAGAAGAAGUAUAUUACGAUGAUGCAGACCUGUACGAUAACUUACCAUCUCCGAAAAUCUUUGCCCGCUAUCCACCAGCUGAUAAAAAAGCCAAUAGGUUUUCUUCUGAUAAACUCCCUCCUAACCACUACAAAUCUCCUGUCUCAUCCAGUCUGUCUUCUCAGUCUGUCACUAACAACUCUGCUGUAGGGAGGGGACCUCUCAGUUCCCAGUCUCAGCUGAAGAGCAAGAAGCCACCUGCCAUGGCCAACGGCAUUGCUGCAAAACCAAGAAUAAACAGCAGCCAGCCAAAGAAUGCAGCCCCGGCGACCAACGUGAAACGCGCUGCCUCAAAUGCCGAACAGUACAAAUAUGGGAAGAACCGGGUGGAAGCAGAUGCAAAAAGACUGCAGAUGAAAGAGGAGGAAUUGCUGAAAAAGAAAGAAGCGCUAAGAAACCGAUUGGCUCAGCUACGGAAGGAGAGAAGGGACAUACGAGCUGCCAUCGAAGCCAAUGCUGGGAGAAAAUCCCAGGUGCUGCUGGAAGACAAGCUGAAGAAGCUGGAGGAUGAAUGCAGACUUAAAGAGGGCGAGCGGGUUGCCCUUGAAUUGGAGCUUACGGAGGUGAAGGAGAGUCUGAAGAAAGCCAUGGCUGGGGGCGUCACACUCGGCCUCACUAUUGAACCCAAGCAGGGAACAUCUCGGUCACAGUCUCCGGUCCUCAAGCACCGCACGAUGGAGAAUUCUCCCAUCUCCAGCUGCGAUACAAGUGAUGCUGAAUGCUCCCUACCUGUGAACAGUGCAGCCCUUUUAAAGAGACAGCCCUCUGCAAGGAACUCGCCUGUACGAGGUCAUGUUUUAAGGAAGGCCAAGGAAUGGGAACUCAAAAAUGGCACAUAAUGAAAAAAGGAGGUUUGUUUUCAUCUGUAACUGCCUUAACUAGCAUCGACCAAGGGACUGACCAGCCAACUAUUUGGUACAGCCUGAUUUACAAAUCUGUUGCAUAAAAUCCAUACUUGCAUUGUGCCUGUGGGACAGCAGUGAAAGGACCAGUCUCCGUCAAACGCAGCCUUCAACAGAACUCCUAGCAAUGUUGUUCCGUUUUUUUUUGCUGCUGGUACAGUGUGCUUCUUCAUCCGUCUGUCAUUUCCUUACGUGUUCCUUACAAAGAGAAGUGUUAUCUUUGAUUUCUGCGCUUGUGGAAGGUCACGUCAAACAUCUUCAAAGCGCUAAAGUUGAAGUAUACUGUUAAGUUUUAAUGCAGUCUGCUACUUCCCUCAACUUUUAUACUCGCUGGUUGUAAAGGAAACGGCUUUCAGCGAUCAAGUUUCUCGUAUUGCGGUGCCUUCAGCCCAUUGUUAAUGUCAAAGUCAAGCUCAGUACAUGGCUCAAAAUAUACUGGAGGUGUGGAGAUGGUUGGUUUGAUAUGAUUUUUAUUCCAUACGGGGUCCUGUCCUUACCUAGAUCAUUCCAAUAUUGGUUUGACAAAGCACGGCUAUAAUGGUCUUGAAUACAUUGCAACAGGGCCAGAUCCUAAAAAGGAAGUGUAAACCCAAAAAGAAAUAGAUAUAAAUUCUUGGAGAGUUCAGAAAAAGACUCCACCUUCAACUCGUCACUCCAAAAGUGCUGCCUAGUGUUCCACUUGAUGCAGAAGAAGAACAGCUCUACUUUUAUGUGCAAUGGGCAAAUAAGGGUGAAAUCAUAAUGAAUUAUAUCCUUCCAGCUUUUACACCCCUAAGCACCUCUAUUCUGUUAUUUAUGGACUUUUGUGUGCUAGAUUCUAAAUAAGUAGGUCGGUGCUAUCUCAUCAUUCCAAAAAGAACAGAUGUUGGAUCAUUUGUACAAGGAAUUCCAACUGGUCAGAAAGGUCGCUGUUGUAAAAUCAAGCACAAAAUCUCUAGUCCUUUAUUUGUUGGAAAAGGCUACUAAAAUGAUUAUAAUUAUACUAAUAAGAGUUACUGAACAAAUGACCAAUGUCCCUGCCCUGUGAAUGUCAAAUGUUGCCUGAAAAAGUCAGAUUAUAUAUGUUAUCGUUUGCAUUUCUUGACCAAUCACAAAAUGUCUGGAAUCACAAGAUGUUUUUUCUGCAGCACCAUAUGAGCCUCUUCGCUAAUAGACUUUAGUGGGGAAAUGUAAAAAACUUUGUAAAUGAUAACAAUGGCAUACACAAGAACAAUUUGCACAUCACAAUAUAAUGUUUAUCAUUAAACAGCAGCACAUAGCACAUUUUUUUUUAAGACUGCGCAAGGUGGGAUUUUUAUUAUUUUUCAAUUACUUGUCAUGAUUUUUAUUUUUUUUACACAUAUGGGGUUAUACUAAAGCUCCAUUUUUUUCUGGUCGAGGUUUUUUGGGAUGAAAAUUUUCAUGAAAAAAAAAUUGAAUUUUGCCAUAUUUAUUAUACCCCAAGUUCGAAUCUGUAAUUCCACCACCUUUAACCUGCCAUGGUCAUCAAUGGCAGAUGUCCCUUUUACAAUUUAAAGAGAAUGAGAUUUGCGCGGGGUUUCGUCCUAAAGAAUUCUAGGCGAUAACCCGAAAAAAUCGAGCAAUUCAGCCGGUAAAUCCUAAAAAUUUGUACAAUUUGGGUUUUUGCUCGAUUUUAUAGUAUUGGAUUUUGGUCGAGCUUGGUUUUUGAGAAGGAACUGCAUAUUUACUUGGGGGUGCCAAAAGUUAGGUACCCCCAAGUAAUUAUAUAUACUAAUGUCACAUGCAAGGCUGGUGCUCCUAUCAGGUGAAAACUGCAUGUGUCCAGGGUUCUUCCAGCGAGCAGCACGGAACAAUCGGCUUCCAUCUUCUUCCUUCUUCAAAUUUCCAGGGGCAGACGUAUGCGCAAUAGAAUGAUAUAGCUGACUUAUUUGUUAAAGUUUGGCUUUUCACUCUACUAUGCAGGCGCACCUGCGCAAAGAAAGAAGAAGCCGGAAGCCGAUCGAUCCUUGGUGCUCGCUGGAAGAACCCCGGGCCGGUGCAGUUUUCUGCUGAUAGGAGCACCAGCCCGGGGUGUGAGGUAAGUAUAUACAAUCACUUGGGUGCUAAUUUUUGGCACCCCUAAGUAAAUACAGCCUUUCCUUCUCCCUUAAUGAAAAGAUGAGAUAUAUUCGAGUUUAAUUAAAUUACCCCCAUAAUGUUCAUUGAUGCAAAAGGUUUGCAAAAUCUCUAAAGAAAGCAAGUCUCUUGUACAAAGGAAAAAUUGUUCUCAUUGUGCCAAUUUUUUGGUUACCAACUUUUAUUACGUCUCCCCGCAAAUGUCUGUUUGGCUUGUGGGAAUGAAGGGCUCAGCUUUUUGGAGUGUUGGUCAGCAGUCAAACUUUAGAAAACAAGGUCUAUCUGUUGGGCCAUGGACGAUUUUUUUUCAGUUCAAGCCCCCCUUGGAGGUACAGCCUUUGGCGAGGACCCCCUUAACAAGGUGAUAGAUAUAGGAAAGCAUUGACGUAUCAGUCAUUCAGCCAUUGUUCCAAGAAUAUCUAGGACAUCAAAUAAGCUUGUACCUUAUAUCUCAGUUUGAUUGAGCUUCAAGAUGGCCGUCUAAAGGUAUCAAGGAGAGCAAAUAGGCACCCUAAUUGACCUUGAGGUUGAGUUGUCCGCCCUAUUCCCAGAAGGGUAAUCAAAAGCAAAUUAUAUAUAUUUAAUAUAUAAGGAAACAUUUACCUGUAUCUCCAGUUUACUCUUACUUUUCUAUCCACAAAGAUUGUGUUUUGUGCUGCAGGGUCACUUUUUAAUGUAAAUGUAAAAGUUUGAAGGGACACAAAAUGUUUAAAAUGAUAGCACAUUUCUGUAUUGAGAAAUAUGUUUUCAGUUAUUUCAUACAAAAUCUGACAAUUACAAGAAUCUAUAUGGCCUAAGGAAAGAUACAAAUCACAAAAAUAAGAUCCAUCUCCCUGAGCCCAAAUUAAGGAAAAAAAAGUACUUUUUUGUUUCAAUCCUCAGAUUAAAUUAUUUAUUUGUAUAUUUGCAUUUAAUGUUAAUUUGUUUAAUUUAUGUCUGUAAAUAUGUCAAAAAAUAUAUACACCUUGGACCUUCUGGGAUAUGUCUUGGGAAAGGAAGUUGUUGAAAAGCAAUGAGAGGUGCCUGAGAAAAUCUGUUGGCUCUGCAUAUUAUACCCUUAAGCACAAGUCAGAGGAACCAAAAGAAAGUGUCUGAGAAGUCUGGGUUCUUCUACAAAACAAAUAUAUUACAGUGUCUUUGUGAAAUCAUUUGUAUUAGGAAGAGUUUUCAAUGAGAAGAUUCUACUGCACAGGUACCUAAAAUUUUUAAAGGGGUUCUUCAUCUUUGAGCUUUACUUUACUUUAAGUGGGUUAUUUAUUAUAGUCCGAAUUUAUCUCAUUGGCCUUUUUAAGGGGAAAACACAAUUUUUUUGUUGUUUUGGGCAUCAAAUUUAAAAAAAAGUUGCAGUUUUCGGUGAAAAAUUCAUACAAUUCAAAUUUCCUCAUGAUUUUAUAGUGUUUUUCUCCGCACAGGAAUUUUUUGGGAAAAUGAUAAAUAAAGGGGGAAAAAUCAAUCCGGGUUCGGUUGGAGUAUUUUUCAUUAUGAGAUAUUUUCGGACUUGGUAAAUGACGCUAUAAGUAUGAUGUAGAGAGAGAUGUUCUGAGACUAUUUGCAAUUGGUUUUAAUUUUUCAUUUUUAUUUAGCAUUUUAUUCAGCAGCUCCCCAGUUUGCAAUUUCAGAAAUCUGGUUGCUAG